AUGGCUAAUGUUACUUACUGCCUCACCUAUCUAUUCACUCUAGGAGUGAAUAUCGUCAGCGUUACGUCUGCGAAAAAUAACUGGGAUUUGCCCCUUGAGAAGUUACACGAAGACAAAGGAACAGUUAGGCGGAGAUUGGUAAAGUUUUAUAAGUUCCUGGUGGGUGUGGUUCUGAUCGUGGCCGUCGGAUAUUCUGCAUACAUCUACUCGUCUUUGUCCAGACUGAAGCCUGGAGAUAAAAUGAACAUUCUCACGUUUUGUCGAGUGGCUCCAAUUACUCCCGACAAGUUUAUCUGGAACAUCGUCAAACUGCUUGUCGUCUUUUUGAACACAUUUGCAAUAACUAGAAUGUAUGCCCUACUGGCCUUCUACUUUCUUGCUGCCUAUCACAUUGUACGGGAGUUCAAACUGCUGCAGAAGAAAGCGAUUGACUUGAAACAACAUGGACACUGUGUUACGUUUGACAUAAUCAAAGACCUAAGACUGCAAUAUAAACAUUCAGUGUCUUUGACAAAGAUACUGGACUCGCUUGUCACCUGGCAAGCGUUCUUAUGUUACAGUUUGCUUCUCCCGAACAUAUUUGUGUUCCUCUAUGGAGUGCUUAGAGUACCAUCAGCAAGAGAAGAGUUUCCCAUUGAAAUAGAGUUUUUAAUGGGGACGUGUAUUUACAUCACCGUUCUUACUUUAACUGGAACUUCAAUCAACACGGCGUCAAAAGGUAUGGAAGAUGUUCUUUAUCAGAUUGGAAUAGACUGGAGUGAUGACAAGACCACCAGAGCUUACCAGAUGUUUCUCUAUCGUGUCUCCACGUCCGAUGUGGGAAUCACAGCUCUUGGAUUCUUUACUAUCAAUAAGGGAACCGUACUUACAAUGGUUGGGACUAUAGUGUCCUAUGUAAUCGUCAUCCUGCAGUCGCCCACAGGCUCUGACACCUACCAGGACCAACCCAAUGGAACCUUACAUCCAUAG